AUGAAGUGGUGAAUACGAUAAUUUGGCAACGCUGAGCCCAAUCCUCGAGGCAGUGAGUGUCAACACGGGCCCGCCGCCACCACCCGCCCCGCCGCGCUGCCCCCGCCGCCAUGCCGUCCGCGGAUGAGGUCAAGUCCAGUUGGGCUGAUGAAGUGGAGGAGGUCGAAGGAGGUAACCUUCCGCCGCCUGUUGAGAAGAAUGACGGAAGCACCAAGACCAUCACAGAGUACACACUCAAUGAUGAUGGGAAGAAGGUCAAGAUCGUGAGCCACUACAAGAUUGAGAAGCACCGCGUGGCCCGGACCAUUGCCGAGAGGAAGACUUGGAAGAAGUACGGCCUCAGUAAGAAUGACAAGCCUGGCCCCAACCCAGCCACAACCAUCACUGCUGAGGACGUGUUCAUGCAUUUCCUGAGUAACAAGGAGGAGGAAACGAAUGAACAAGAGGAGCUGAAGAAGAAGCUGAUGGAUGCACAGAAGGGUCAGGUCAAGUGUCGGCUGUGUAAGGAGGACCAUUGGACCAAGCAGUGCCCCUACAAGGACAAGCUGGAGCCCCUCCGCUCCUCUCUCCUGGGUGAGGAGAAGCCAGAGGAAGAGGCUGCUCAGCCUGGAGGGCCACCAGUGGACAAGGCCAAGCUUGCUGGAGGCACACAGGGCAAGUACGUCCCUCCUUCCAUGAGGGACGGAGGCUCCAAGAAGGGAGAGUCCAUGAUGUCCUCCAGGGGUCGAGAUGAAACAGCAACAGUGCGUGUGACCAACCUGUCAGAGAACACCAGGGAGCAGGAUCUUCAGGACCUCUUCCGGCCCUUCGGGGACAUCAGCCGCAUCUUCCUGGCCAAGGACAAAAACACUGGCCAGUCCAAGGGAUUUGCCUUCAUCAAUUUCAAGAGGAGAGAAGAUGCUGCCAAGGCCAUCCAGAUCCUCAACGGCUACGGUUAUGACCACUUGAUCCUGAGUGUGGAAUGGGCCAAGCCCUCUGGGACACAGUGAAUGGUGCUAGCUAAGGAUUAAACUAAUUUGUUUGCACCUAUUAGAAAGUUAAAUAUAGCCUUGGUGAAAGUA